AUGGGACGGCCGCCUAAGAAACGAAUGCGUGGAGACGAUGAAGACACAGAAUUUGGCGGUUUACCGGGAAUCGAACAAUGGCCAGAGCUUGACAGCUCUCAAUCACCUGAAGAAAAUGCACUCGCCGAUGGUCUCUUCCCUCAAGUCUAUUGUGCACCGUAUCGAGUGCCGCAUGCCUUCCCACAUCUAUUAUCUAUGGAUAAUGAUUAUGGCCAAUCUUUGCAAGCACACAACACUGGAGUAAUGGAGCCAUUGCCCGCUACAGAGAGCCCGUGGCCGGAUUUCUCCAGCGUGUCUGCGGCAACGGCUUCGUCUUUCGCAAAACCUGCAGGAUCGACUGAUACACAGUCCAGUUCUUCUUCCAGUGCCGUGCCACAAUGUUCAUGCUUAUCAUACUUAUAUUUAUGUCUCAGCCAUCUUUCUUCGUUAUCACCUUUCCCGAUUUCUCAUCACACAAUAUGCUCGUUGUUUAUUGGUACGAAGACGGCCCGGGAUGUCAUACGUUGCGCGGAAUGUCCAAAAACAUACGCCACGGGUGUGCAAAAUGUUAUGCUCACUGGCACUUUACUGAAUGUUGUCGCUGAUGGAUGGUUGCGCGUGUCGAAAGCCGACCCUGUAGAGCUUGGGAAACAGGCUGCCCCGCCUGCCUACGUGACUUUACUAACACAGUCAUCCCCAAACUCCGCAGAGAGCUGGAGACAAUGGCUUCACCAAACAGUCAGAAAUGCUAUCAUUGGGGGACUAGUUGACCCGGCCGGCCGUGUGCGCUGUUCAGAUUCGCCGAAUUUACUCUCUCUUGUUACGGAAUUCGAGGAGCGUCAACAGAAAUGGCAUGCAGGGAAAGAUGCGCCUAUAUGGGUGUCUCCACAGAAAUCGUCGGCCAACUUUGAGGGUCAGGGUGAUCUUACCAACGGUGAUCGUCAAAGUGAUGAGAAAGAUUAUCUUUGCCUUCGCGUGAUUCGGAGCAUCAAAGAUGUGAUAUCCAAAUUCAACUUCGAACCGCACGAAUAUCCAGAUGGCGCGCACCUAUAA